GGACGUCAGCCGCCGGUCCGCGUUACAGGGCGCGAGCCUCGCGGCGGGCGCACUGGCGGCCACGACCGGCGCUGGCGCCGGUGCGCAAGCGUUGGCUGUGCCGAGAGAUUCUGGUCCGUCCGCCGCCACCGUCGCCGCAGCUCCCGUCGCCGCCGCCGCAGCUCCACCUCUAGUCCUGCCGGCGAUGGGCAUCGGUGCAUGGGCGUGGGGCGAUUCGCUCUUUUGGAAGUAUGAUGCCAAGUUCGACUUUGAACUGGAGGAGCUCUUCGAGUACUAUGCCUCGCAGCCCGACGCGUUUCUGGACACCGCUGAACUGUACGGGCUCGGACGGUCCGAGAUGCUGAUCGGCGACUUUGAGCGCAGGUCGGGAAAGCGAGUCAAGGUUGCCUCCAAGUUUGCGGCGCUGCCGUGGAAGACCAGGCGCGAGGACGUCGUCCAGGCGUGCGAGGCCUCGCUGCGGCGCAUGGGCAGGAGCUCGAUGGAGCUGUAUCAGAUUCACUUUCCCAACGCGUGGGCCAACGAGGCGUAUUGGGACGGCCUCGGAGACUGCUACGAGCGCGGCCUCGUCCAGGCGGUUGGCGUCUCAAACUACGGCGCCGACGCAGUCGAGGCGGUCUCGACGUCGCUCGGGAGGAGAGGCAUCCCCCUCUACUCGAACCAGAUCCAGUACUCGCUGCUCUACCCCUUCGCAAACUCGAACGGGCUGAAGCGCAAGUGCGACCAGCUCGGCGUCAAGGUGCUCGCCUACUCGCCCAUCGGCCUCGGAUUGCUGAGCGGCAAGUACUCGGCCGAACAGCUGCCCGAGGGACCGCGCGCGGAGCUGGCCAAGGCCUUCUUCAACGGCCAGCCCGAGACCGCCGCUGGCCUGGUCGACGCAGUCGCGAAGACGGCGGAGAAGCACGGCGCCACCCCCUCCCAGGUGGCCAUCAACUGGUGUGUCGCCAAGGGGACGAUUCCCAUCCCGGGCGCGCGCAACCUGAGGCAGCUCAAGGAUAACUUGGGCGCGCUCUCGUGGAGGCUCGACGCGGCCGACGUCGCGCGGCUCGACGCGGCCAGCGCCGCGGUGCAACCGCUCGCUAAGGCGAACCCGUUCCCAGCCAAGGACGUCGGGAGCGGGCUGAGGAUGUUCGACUCUUGAGGAAUGCACACCACGCGUCUUUGUCGAUGUCUAAAGUAGUCCGCCACAGGCGUGUUUCGA